UCAGAAUUGUUUGCUCAGGGUUCAACUGUCAGGUUAGAUUCAGAUAUGGCUGAAAGUUCAAGUUCUGAAGUUAAAGAUGUUUCUGAUGACAAUACAUUGACUCUUGUUGAUUUUUUGGAAGAAGAAUUGCAGUUAGAAAGUGAUGCUAAUGCAGUCCUGGGACCAUCAGAUGACAAAAACUGUACUUAUAACAGGGGGUACCUGCAGAGACAGGCUUUGUAUGCUUGUAUGACAUGCACACCUCAAGAUUCGCCUUCAUCAAAGCCUGCGGGGAUUUGCCUCGCUUGUAGUUAUCAUUGCCAUGAAGAUCACGAAUUAGUUGAACUUUAUACUAAAAGAUUCUUCCGAUGUGAUUGUGGCAAUAGUAGGUUUAAUGGCAAAAAAUGUAAUUUGGAACCUAAUAAGACUGAAGAAAAUGAAAAGAAUGUUUAUAAUCAGAAUUUUCGAGGACUAUAUUGUUUUUGUUCACGACCUUAUCCAGAUCCUGAAGAUGAUGUAUCUGAUGAAAUGCUUCAGUGCAUUAUCUGUGAAGAUUGGUAUCAUACAAGGCAUUUAAAAAGUCAAGUUCCGCCAGAAACAAACUACGCCGAGUUAAUUUGUGGAUCAUGUAUGGACAAAUUACCAUUCUUGAAUCACUAUCUUGGAUUGGCAGUUUCCCCUACUUCGAAUAAUUCUAAAGACAAUAAAGAAGACAUUAAUAUAGAAGUAGAUGCAUCAGAAGGGACUUCUAGUUCAAAUGUUCUCUCAGACAAUAAAACUACAGAAGAGCCAAUGAAAAUAGACACACAAGAAAAGACUUCAGAUGAAGAGAAGAGACCCUCGUUAGAAGGCAAAGAAUGUUCUCAGAAUGAGAUGGCUGUGAUAAAUAGUAUUCCGUCUAAUGAAAUGAAUAGUGUAGUUACCCCAGUUUCAAAAGUAGACGAGUGUAAACUUGAAAAUAGUAGGACUUUGGACAGGACAGAAGAAAGUGCAACUUUUUGGCCUUCAAAUUUUCGUUCUGCACUGUGUUGUUGCACUAAGUGUCAGGAUUUAUAUGCCAAGCACAAUGUCCCUUGGAUUACUGAUGAAAAGGAUACUGUCCAGUCUUAUGAAGGAAUAGGAAAAGAAACGCAUAAAAAUUCUCAGUACGAAGCCGGCUUGGAAGCUCUGGCAAGUCUUGACAGAUUUCGACAAGUUGAGGCUAUCCAAAAUUACAAUGACUUGAAAAGUAAUUUAAGUGACUUCCUCAUAAAAUUUGUCCGUCAGAAAAGAGUAGUAAAAAAGGAGGACAUCGAUGAAUUUUUCACCGAUAUGCAAGCCAGGAAACGUCAAAAAGUUGGAACACCUCCCUACACAUGCCACUAAAUUAAGUUGUACUUUUUAUAAUAUUGUACGUUGUGCAACUUUUGUGGAAUGCAAUAUCUCUGAGAUUUUUAUUUGUUAAAUCUUCUGUCUGACGUUAAAAGUUUUUCUUUUUUAUUAAUAUAAUUUUUUUUUUUUAAUAUGAAACCUGCCUCUCUAGGUUUCACUGCAAAAAUCAAAUUAAAAUUAAUAACUUUCUUAAUGUUAUAAGUGUAUUUACAAUAAAUAAUUUUUCAAACAUUUUUUUUUUAUUUGUUCAAUACACAAUUGCCUUCUAGCCUUUAGAGCUAUGUGUCACUGCAAGAAUCAAGUUUAAAUUUUAAAACU